AUGGAGCUCAUGGAAGGGAAGGUCGUCUCCUGCAAGAAACUCUUCACCUUCCUGCUCUUCAUCUUCAUCUUCACCUCCUGCCUCUUGGUUUCUGUUCGUCAGUUCGGGAUUUCUGAGCCGCAGCAUCACGAUUCCAGUCCCUCCAAACAAGUAGCCCACGCUGCGAACGCCGGCAACCCACCAAAAACCAGCAGCCUGCCGAAGAGCGAGCGCCCGCUGACCAUCCUGCUGUGGACGUGGCCCUUCGGUACCCACUUUACCUUCAUGAACUGCUCGAAAUUGUACAGAACCCCCGACUGCCACUUCACCAUCGACCGCAGCUGGUCCCAAAAGGCUGACGCUGUGAUUGUGCACCACAGGGAUGUGUGCAAGAACAUGAACGAGCUGGCCCAGCAACCCAGACCCCCUUCCCAGCGCUGGAUCUGGUUCAACCUGGAGUCCCCCACUAACUCUCCAAACUUAGGCGCCAUGGACAACGUCUUCAACCUGACCAUGUCGUACCGGAGAGACUCGGAUAUCUACACCCCUUACGGGCAGCUACAUCUCCUCACCGAGCCCCAGCCCUUCAACAUCCCGCCCAAGACCAAGCUGGUGGCCUGGAUUGUCAGCAACUGGAAACCAGCAUUGCAACGGGUAAAGUACUAUGAGGAGCUGAAGAAACACAUCACUGUGGACAUCUACGGGAAGCAGCACUUGCCCCUGUCCAGGGACGACGUCCUCUCAACCAUGUCCCAGUACAGCUUCUACCUGGCGUUUGAGAACUCGCAGCAUGAAGACUACAUCACCGAGAAGCUCUGGAAGAACGCCUUGACCGCUGGCACCGUCCCUGUCGUUCUGGGGCCUCCUCGAGAAAACUACGAGCUCUUCUUGCCCCCCGACUCCUUCAUCCAUGUCGAUGACUUCGCCAGCCCUGCGGACUUGGCACAGUACCUGCAGGAGCUGAGCAAGGACUCCGAGAGGUACCAGCGCUACUUCCAGUGGCGCAAGUGGUUGAAACCUUCUCCCGGGCCCAGCUGGGCCGUGCAUGUCUGCAGAGCUUGUCUCUUCUUGCAGACGACAGAGGCCAGGUACCGGGUUGUGCCCCAUCUGUCCCGGUGGUUUGUUUAA